UCAUUGGAGUCUCACAGCCUUGAAGCCCACAGCAGUGUGUUUACAGUGAUUGAGGACUCGGUGCAGGAAGAGUUAAACAGAUGUGGAGGGGAGUUCGGAGCUGCCAUGAAUCCACCUUCACAGAGAUGCGGCGCCUCCUCGCACAGCUGACUGGGAACACAGAGACCACAAUGAAAGAAAAGAAAAUCAACAGUAGUCCGUAGUCCUGGAUGUUUGCAUGCUUCCUCAACUCAAAGUCAUCAUGGAAAAAUCCUUGGAUCUAAACAAAGCCGGCUCUCGGUCGACAUCAUCCCUGCCACCUGAGCCAUUGGACAUCAUCCGCAGCAAGUCGUGCUACCGCCGAGUCCGGCUGAACGUCGGGGGUCUCCCGCACGAGGUGCUGUGGCGAACAUUGGACCGGCUGCCUCGGACUCGUUUGGGGAAACUGAGAGACUGCAACUCCCAUGACUCUCUGAUGGAGGUGUGUGACGACUACAACCUGGAGGAGAACGAAUACUUUUUCGACCGACACCCAGGGGCUUUCACGUCCAUCCUGAACUUUUACCGCACGGGCAAGCUGCACAUGAUGGAGGAGAUGUGUGCCCUGUCCUUCAGCCAAGAGCUCGAUUACUGGGGCAUUGAUGAGAUCUAUCUGGAGUCCUGCUGCCAGGCGAGGUACCACCAGAAGAAGGAGCAGAUGAACGAAGAGCUGAAGAGAGAGGCUGACAAUUUAAAAGACAGAGAGGGAGAGGAAUUUGACAACACCUGCUGUGCAGAAAAACGGAAGAAGCUGUGGGAUCUGCUGGAAAAGCCGAGCUCAUCCGUUGCAGCGAAGGUAAUUUUGAACUGAAUGUUGGGUGUGAGCUGAGCAUAUGACCGAUGUAAGCCUUCUGACAUGAUUGUAAUACAAGCCAACAGACUGACAAACGUGCACAAACAGAAACAAGAGAAGUAAGUUAGUCCAGUUUGGUCUUCUCAGUGAAUUUGGAUUCUGGGAUUACUUUCGAUGUUUUUACUGGCUCUACUGUUCCCCUUGAAAGUUUAAGUUUGUAUUACUCUAUAAACUAAUGACAGUUGUAGUAGUUGUAAAGUAGCCUGCAGGUUGGAAGACAAGAAAGUAAAUAAGAAAACCUUAGAAACUGGAUUCUAAGUAAUAAAAUUGAAUUCAAUGGGUAAUUUAAACAAGCAAAUAUUUGGGUGUGAAUAUACAACUAUUUGUAUAAAAAUCAUAUGUUUCAUGUUAUUUGGAAAGUAUUGCUAAAAAGUAAGUUCAAGCUGUUAUUUUUAAUCCAACAGCAUGUCAAUAAAUUAGGAUUCCAUCGAAAAGGUAAUAUAUUUCUGUUAGCUAAUUCAAAAACUUAAACUCAUGUAGAGAUUCAGGUGAUCAUUAAUCAAGGGAAUUUCGAAAAGCUGUGGAGAAAAACAAAACAGAGAGACUCGGGGAAGGCAGACAACUAACUACAAACCAGGGGUGAAAGACGCUGAUCUAAGAGAAAUACAUCAAAAAAGCACAAAGAACAAAACACUAGAAAUUAACUAAAAACUGAACACAAGGAAUUAAUGUUUUUUUUAUGUGUGGUAAAACCCUGAAAGCAUUAAUAAACAACUGAAUGUGACAAGUCUGUAUAAUAAAAUUAAAUUGACCGAAUUACUAAACUAAAUUUACUUUUCACAAAAUUCUAAUUUGCUGAAAUGCACCUGAAUAUAAGAGAAAAAGAGUUCAUACAAGCAGCAUAGCAGAGCA